CCUAAAGGUGUCUAUGGUCACGGUUUUUUACAGUGACCAAAAAGGGUCUAUGGUCACGGUUUUUCAAAAAAUGGUGACCUAAAAGGGUCUAUGGUCACGGUUUUAGGAGGUGGCCUAAAGUGGUUUAUCGUCACGAUUUUGGGGGUAGCUUAAAAGGGUCUAUGGUCACGGUUUUUUACGGUGACCAAAAAAGGUCUAUGGUCACGGUUUUUUAAAAAAGGGUGACCAUAGAGUACCUUGUCCAAAACGGCGUCAUUUCUCUUCCUUUUAAAAAUUCACAUUUUUUUACCCAGACGACGUCGUGCAAACACCCUCCCUCCCCCCAACCAAAAUCCCUCAUCCCCCCAACUUUCCCCAUUCCCUCGUAAGUUCCCCCCAAAUUUCCCCAAUCCUUCAGCUCGUAAGUUCCUAAGUUAGGGUUAAAAAAAAAUGAGAACUGGCCAAGCCUUCUUUCCUGCCCAGCCACGCACCCUCCUCCCCUCUCUCGUCGUGCAAAACCCAGUCGCCGGUCACCAGCUUCGAAGCCCACUGUCCGUUGUCGUCUUGUUCCAACCCGUGAAGCUGGGCAUCAGCUCCGCUUUGCACACCGUCCGUCAUUGGCGUCCGUUGGGUCAUCCUGAAGCUUGUCUCGAAGCCUCAAACCCGUCGCCAUUUGUGUCAUCGUUGUGGAAACCUCAAAGCUCUCCCCAAAUCUGCGAAUCGCCAGCUUCACGGGCUUGGUGUACAAGUGUCAUUGUUGUGGAAGCCUCAAAGCUCUCCCCAAAUCUACGAAUCGCCAGCUUCAUGGGCCUGGUUUACAAAGCCCUCAAAGCUCUUCGUGUUAGCACCUACUCACUCCAUUGAGUAUUCCAAGAUUAUUUUUUUGGACUGGUAAAGACAAAAGGAGUUUACUAGUUGUUGUGGCACAGUGCAUAACAACUUCAAAUGGCAUCUCAAAAUAAAGGAACUAAGCAGUAAGUUUAUAUCAUUCUUGUCAUAUAAAAUAAUUUGAUCUUCUAUUUAUUUAGGUAGUAAGUGUGUAUAUGGUAGCUAAAUUGUCACUAUAAUUGACUUAUUAGAUCAUAUUUAGUAAGUUUAGAUAUUUGUAUUAUUAGAUUUAAUCAUGUUUUGUCAAAAGAUUGGAUGGAUUCACCAAGAUUUGAGAACGAGUACAUAGACAGUGUAAAUAGUUUUUUAGAGUUUGCCUUCGUAAUUGGAAAACCAGUUGGAAAAGAAAUCCAAUGUCCGUGUGCAAAGUGUGAAAACACUUAUUGGCAUGAACGAGACGACGUAUAUGAGCAUCUUAUUUGCUAUGGGUUUGUCGAAGGUUAUAAACGAUGGAUUAAUAAUGGGGAAUCAGUAAUCCCAAUAGUUGUAGAUAGUGACAUGGAUGAUCGAGGUGGCCUUGAUGAUAUUGACGGGUUGAUGCAUGAUGCAUUCGAAAAUACAGCAAAUCUUGAAGAAGGGAACAGUAGGUUGAAUGAAGAUGUGAAGAGAUUUUAUAAGCUAGUAGACGAAGCAGGUCUAGAAUUAUACCCGAAUUGUACUACUGGAUUUUCGAGAUUAUCAUUUAUCAUUCAUCUUUAUCACUUGAAGUGUUUGCAUGGUUGGAGUAACACAUCUUUUACCUUCCUCUUGGAGUUAUUGAAAGAAGCUAUACCUGAUUUGAACAUUCCCACUUCUUUUAAUAAAGCUAAGAAUAUGGUUAAAGACUUGGGUCUUGACUAUGAAAAGAUUGAUGCAUGUCCUAAUGACAGCAUGCUGUAUCGAAAUGAGUACAUAAAUGACUCAGUUUGCCAUAUCUGUGGAGAGUCUCGAUAUAAUCAGACUCCGACUACGGACGGCAACAAAGAUGACUUUGCGCUUCCGAAUAAAGUUCAUAAGGUUGCUGCGAAAACCUUAAGAUACUUUCCUUUGAUACUAAGGCUUAAAAGGAUUUUUAUGUGCCCAAACACAGCAGAGGCGUUGAGGUGGCAUGAUGAGCAGCGUUUGAAAGACGGUUGCAUAAGGCACGCUGCUGACGGCCAAGCAUGGAAGAACUUGGAUAGUCGCUACCCAAACUUUUCAAAAGAACUUCGCAACUUGAGGCUUGGUUUGGCAAGUGACGGUUUUAAUCCUUUUCGAACUAUGAACGUGUCACAUAGCACAUGGCCAGUUGUCUUAAUGGUGUACAACCUUUUCCCUUGGAUGUCCAUGAAGUCAGAAUAUUGCAUGCUCUCUUUACUCAUACCUGGACCUUGUUCACCAGAAAAUAAUAUUGAUAUUUUUUUGCAACCAUUGAUCGAAGAGCAGAAGGAGCUAUGGGUGUCAGGGAUAGAUACAUAUGAUUCUUUUAAGAAUGAAACUUUUUAAAUGCAUGAUGCACUUCUUUGGACAAUCAAUGAUUUUCCAGCGUAUGUGAUGUUGUCCGGUUGGAGUACGAAAGGGAAGUUAGCUUGCCCUUGUUGUAACCAUGAUACUUCUUUUUGUUACUUCAAAAAUAGCUAAAAGACAGUUUACAUGGACCAUAGGAGAUUUUUGCCAGUUGAUCAUGCAUGGAGGUCUAACAAGAAAUCUUUUAAUGGAAAAACAGAAUUCAGGGUCCACCACGAAUGUUAACAGGUGAAGAGGUUCUAGAUAUGCUAAAGUCAGUAGAUAAUGCCUCUGGGAAGACACAAAGCAAAAGUAAAGGCCAAUGGAAAAAAAAGAUUAAUCUUUUUUGAGUUACCAUAUUGGUAGCAUUAUAUGAUCAGGCACAACCUUGAUGUAAUGCAUAUCGAAAAAAACAUAGUCGGCAGUAUAAUUGGUACCUUAUUGGAUAUUCCUGGAAAGAUAAAGGAUCAUGCGAAAGCUUGUUAUGAUCUUAAGGAGAUGGGCAUUCGAAAGAAUCUUCACCCAAUAAAUACGAAGGAUGGCAAAAGAACUAAACUUGCUAGAGCAUGCUUCUCCAUGACCAAAGGGGAGAAAUCCAUUUUUUGUGAGGUUUUGAAGAAAACAAAAUUGCCUGAUGGAAGUGCUUCAAACAUUUCUCGUUGUGUACAACAAGAAGAGAGAAAGCUUUACGGUUACAAGACUCAUGAUGCUCACUUCAUGUUGCAUUACCUGUUGCAAAUACCAAUCAAGAGCAUUCUUCUAGAUCAUGUUGCUGUUCCUCUAGUUCGCUUUUGUUCCUUUUUUGUCGGCUAUGUCAAAAGGAAAUCUCUUUAGAAGAGAUUAAUGGUUUGGAGUCAGAGAUUGUAGAGACUUUGUGUCAGUUGGAGAGGAUUUUUCCCUACCUUUUUUGAUAUAAUGGUUCAUUUGCCUAUUCAUUUAGCUAAUGAAUUAAGGUUAGGUGGUCUUGUCCAGUUUCGAUGGAUGUAUCCGAUUAAGAGAUACAUGUGCACACUAAAAGGGUAUGUACGUAAUAGAAGUCGUCCAGAAGGAUCAAUUGCGGAGGGUUAUUUGGCUGAAGAGUGUUUAACUUUUUGUUCAAGAUAUUUGCAUGAGGGAGUGAAAACAAAAUUCAAUAGAGUAUCUCAGAAUAAUGAUGAAGGCACUUCAACUAAAGAUCCUGAUUCAAAUUUGUUCACAAACAAGGAAAGUCCAUUGGGUGGAAAAAAAAGGGCAACUAAUUAUUUUGGACGAGAAGUCACUCCUUCAAGCUAAUGCAUAUAUAUUGAACAAUUGUGUUAACGUGGAGCCUUACGUGAGGUAAAUUUGCACUUCACAUUAGUUCUAUUCUUUAGACUAAUUUUGGUAGUAUUACGUAAUAAUAUACAUCCCUUGUAGAGAACAUGGUGAGCAACAAAAGCAAGACAAGAGGAAGCGGAAGUGGAACGUCGUUAAAGAUCAGAAUGAAGACUUUAUAGAAUGGUUUACAGGACGUGCCAUGAAGGAUGAUGUUCCCAGUUGGAUACGACAGUUGGCUAAGGGUCCAAAUAAAGUUGCAAAAUCAUUUUUUGCUUAUGUCGUCAAUGGGUACAGAUUUUAUACUAAGCGGCGAGAAGUGAUGCGAAAAACGCAAAAUAGUGGUGUCACUGUGGUGGCUAAAACUACAAGCUUUGCGAGUGUUAAGGACAAAAAACCAAUCAAGGCCAAUAUAAGAUAUUAUGGUAGAAUCAUGGAUAUUAUUGAGUUAGACUAUUAUAGCCAAUUUAAAGUUGUGUUAUUUAAGUGUGAGUGGUUUAUGGGUGAGGAAGAUGAUUAUGGUUUGACAUAUGUUCAUUUCAACAAAAGAUGUUACCAAGACGAACCAUUUGCGUUGGCAAGCCAAGCACACCAGUGCUUUUAUGUGAAAGAUCCAUAUAUUCUCCAAAAGCAUUAUGUGAUGAAAAUGGUUCCAAGAGACUUGUUUAACAUUGGUGUCCAAUUACAGUUUGACCCUAACAUAAGAGAGCCACAUGAAUCGGCGAAUAGUCCGAUACCCUUAAGUGAUAUUGGUGAGGUAGACUUGGUUAGACAGGGUGUGCAACCUACUAUUGUUGAUGUGACACCGAACAAGAUCAAACCCAAAGACAAAGAAAUAGGGUCUGAUGAUUUUGACAGCGAUGCUGAAAUUGAGGUAGUACACAAAUUGUCCAUGAUGCUUUAUUUUUUAACUUAUUUUCAAAUGCAUUACCAUAGCCCUCUACCCAAAAAAAGCCUGGUGCUUAAUAUGAACCAAGAGUGAAAAUUUGGAGAAAGAUAUAAGGUGUUCCACCAGGCAUCUAUAUAAUCAUAAUAAGAGUAGUACUGUGGUUCAAAUUUUCUAGUAAAACUUUUACAAUGAAAGGGAGGGUUUUCCCAUUCUGAUAAUGUCAUUACUUUCAUAAUCUUAAUUUUUGAGAAUAUUGUAUCUUUUGCGGUUUAGUCUUUAUUAUGAGUUAAUUCAAUUGAUCCUGUGUCUACUAGGAUAAAUUCAUAAAAGGUUCGGGUUUUUUGGAUGUUUGUUGGAGGAUAGUGAAAAGUAUUUGGAAAAACUGUUUUAUAAAGGAUUCUUCUAUCCAUCUUAAACCAUUCUUUCUCUAAAGCCAUUAUUUUUAGAGGUAUGCAUUUGUCAUGAUAAGGAUGUUCUUCAGAUAAUGGUUUAGUUUCAAACAAAUCUGAUGGCUGCAAUAAUAUAUAUCUGUUAACUGUAGGGACCUCAUAUAAGCUUUUAGUUGAUGCUGAUGAUUUUUCACUUUUAACAACCUAUGACAUAGUCAAGGGUUUGAUAGAUAAUUGUUUAUCUUGUAGUGGAGUUGCUAGUUGGUCCAUAAUCUUCACUGCUUGCAUGUUUCUUACUCAUUUAUACCUUGCAAAAAUUCUCUUUUUAGAAAAUCAGGUAAUGCAUUUGAUUCUCCUUUAAUAUGCUCAAUAGAAAAAUCAAAGCAUGAUAAUAUAGCUUGCUAUCUAGCAAAUAUUUGUUUAGAAACUAGAUUUUUAACAUCAUUUUUUAAUACACUAGGGGCUGCUUUGCAAUUAGUUCUGAUUAAGAAGGUUCUAUUGAAUAAGUCUUCUUGAAAAUGUGAAACACAUAAGACAAUGGCUAAUAUUUCUUUUUUAAUAGUAGCAUAAUUUUUCUGGGCUGAAUUCCAUACACCCGAAUGAUAUUUAACUAUUUGUUCUUUUGAGGAGUUUGGAAGAACUUGUUUAAGUAUUCCUCCAUACCCUAAUUCGGAGGCAUCUGUUUCUACGAUUAGACUUGCCUUAGGGUCUGGUAUACUCAAACAAGGAAUUUUUUUUACUAAAUAUUUAAUUUUUUGAACUAUUUUAGACAUGUCUUUUGUCCAAGGAGGGGGCUGUUUUCUUAGCCUUUUAUACAAAGGUUCACAUAAAGUUCGUAUUCCUAGUAGAAAUUCAGCUACAUAAUUAAGACAUCCUAAAAAUCUUUGUAAUUGUUUUUUGUCGAUAAUUUCAUUCGGAAAUUUUUCUGCAAAUUCAACAGAUCUCUUAAUCGGAGUAAUUGUUCCUUGGAAAAUUUCAUAUCCUAGAAACCUUACUUUUGUUAUAAAUAUGUUCAUUUUCUUUUCAGAUAGGACAAGACCAUUUUUUUUAUAAUAUUAAUAAAAUUUUCUAGGUGUUGAAUAUGCUGGUUUAUUCCUUUAGAAUAUACAAGAACAUCAUCUA